UUCCGUCUGUUGGUAAAAGGCUGGUCUUUCUAAAGGUGGCCAUUGACUGAGGUCCGUGGAUUGGUCGAUUAGUCAAGGCAAGCAAUUGGGGCUGGACAGGAAACGACUCCCAUGCAACGCGCAACACUCCCAGCUCCCUGGGAGAAAACGGGAGAGGGAACAGAGCGACAAAUGUAUCCUUGAGCGUAUGGGAGAUUUUUUGUCAGGCGGAUGGUCAGUGAUAAGAGAGAUCUCCGUUUGUUGCCCUAUUAACGGGUAUGAUUUUAUUAAUUGGGAUUUUUCUCCAGGAUUUUCCCCAAUUUCUUCGCGUGCUGAGAGCAUUGUUGUAGCCUUCCCACCAGGAAACAGGAGGGGACUUCAUUGUCGAGCCGUAGCCUAUUGGAUCGGGGAACAAGACAAGAUUAAGGUGGGCCAGAGUGUGGUUUUGGAGUGUGAGAGAGACACUGGCAGAAAGAACACACCGGCGAAAAACCAAAGAUGGAGCAGGUGUCUGAUGAUGAGCUGGACCAUGCGGCGGAGGAGGACAGCGACAAGGAGGACCAGGACCUGGACAAGAUGUUCGGAGCCUGGCUAGGGGAGCUGGACAAACUCACACAGAGUCUGGAUGAUGGUCGACCGCCGCAGAAGAUCCAGAACGCUCCCCUGCGGCAGGAGACCAACCUGGCUAACUUCUCCUACCGCUUCUCCAUGUACAACAUCAACGAGGCGUUGAACCAGGGGGAGCCUGUGGACCUGGAUGCGCUGAUGGCCGACCUGUGCACCAUCGAGACUGAGCUGAGCAGCAUCGGCAAGCCCGGAGGCUCCCGCAACUCCUCCACCCGCCAGAAGGCCUCCAGCGCGCGCACUGGCCUCUCCGCCAUAGUCUCCGCAGGUGGCGGUGGCAGUGCCGGGGGCAGCAGCAGUGGUGGCAGUGCCAGCAGCAGCACGCGUGCGUCCCCGGCGGGCACGGUGCGUCAGGGGCAGGCCCAGAGCCGCCCGCUGGCCUCCGACCUCUCCCUGGACGACAUCACGGCCCAGCUGGAGAAGGCCUCCCUCAGCAUGGACGAGGCGGCGCGCCAGACCUCCUCCGCCUCCUCCUGCUCCUCCUCCUCGUCCUGCUCCUCCUCCUCCACCGCACGCCGGCCCUCCGCCACCUCCCUGCCACAACAGCCACAACAGCCGCAGCAGACGCAGACGCUGCACCGGCGCACAGGGUCGGUAGGGGGCACUAGCGAACUGGACGCCCGCUCGGCCGGUCACUCGUCCUCCAGGUCCAGCGCCUCGGCGUCCAGCAUGGACUCGCUGGACAUGGACAAGGAGAAGGGCCCCCGGGGGACGGAGAAGGAAGACGGGGGACCCCCGACCAACGGAGGGGCCCCCACCUCACAGGUCACACAGCAGAGCCAGGGCAGCACUGAGCAUGCAUCACGCCUGCGAGCCAAUGGCAGGCCUGCACGGGUGCCGUCAGCCAAUGGCAGGCCUGCUCGGGUGCCGUCAGCCAAUGGCAGUGCGGUAUGGGUGGCGUCGUCCAAUGGCAGGCCUGCGCGGGCGCCGCCUGCCAGACGACACCUAGACUUUGCACCUGAGCAGCACGGGGCAGUGGAGUUGUUCGAUCGGGGAACUCACUCGUAUCUGGACAAAGAAACGUCCCUGAUUCUGAAAAGCAUUGCGGGCAAGCCUUCUCACUUGCUUACCAAGGAGGAGCAGGCUGCCAAACUGAAGGCAGAAAAGAUCCGAGUGGCCCUGGAGAAAAUCAAAGAGGCACAGGUGAAAAAGCUGGUGAUCCGUGUGCACCUAUCGGACGAGAGCUCCAAGACCAUGAUGGUGGAUGAGAGGCAGACGGUGAGGCAGGUGCUGGACAGCCUGCUGGACAAGUCUCACUGCGGCUACAGCCCCGACUGGGCCCUGGUGGAGACCAUCCCAGAACUGCAGAUGGAGCGCAUCUUUGAAGACCAUGAGAAUCUGGUGGAGAACCUGCUGAACUGGACCAGAGACAGCCAGAACAAGCUCAUGUUCAUCGAGCGCAUCGAGAAGUACGCCCUCUUCAAGAACCCGCAGAACUACCUGCUGGGGAGGAAAGAGACGUCCGAGAUGGCCGACAGAAACAAAGAGGCAUUGCUAGAGGAGUGUUUCUGCGGCAGCUCGGUGUGCGUGCCGGAGAUCGAGGGCGUGCUGUGGCUGAAGGACGACGGCAAGAAGUCCUGGAAGAAGAGAUACUUCCUGCUGCGCGCCUCCGGCAUCUACUUCGUGCCUAAGGGCAAGGCCAAGGCCUCCAGAGACCUGGUGUGCUUCCUGCAGCUGGACCAUGUGAAUGUCUACUACGGCCAGGACUACCGCAGCAAGUACAAGGCACCCACAGACUACUGCCUGGCCCUCAAGCACCCUCAAAUUCAGAAGAAGUCUCAAUAUAUCAAGUACCUGUGCUGCGACGAUGUCAGAACCCUCCACCAGUGGGUCAAUGGAAUACGCAUUGCCAAGUAUGGUAAGCAGUUGUACCUGAGCUACCAGGAGGCUAUGAAGCGUACUGAGGCGGCGUAUGACUGGGCCUCUUUAUCCAGCUCCAGCAUCCGGUCAGCUUGCAGCUCCGCCAGCAUCCCUGAGUCCCACUCUAACCACUCUAGCGUGACAGACAGCGGGCUGUCCGAUGGCACGUCCUCCAGCCACGCGCGCUCUCAGAGCGUGGUCAGCUCCAUCUUCUCAGAGGCCUGGAAGAGGGGAACGCAGAUGGAGGAGAACAGCCGGAUGAGGUCCGAGUCGAGCAGAGCCUCCAGCAUCUCCCACUCCUCCCACACGUCCCACUCCUCCCACUCCUCCCAUCACCACCACCACCAGAGCUCCCACCACCACCAGAGCUCCCACCCCCCAAACACCCCUCAGCCUCCCCACGUGCCCCAUCCCCCGCCUGUCCCUCACCCCCCUCCCGUCGCCCACCAACCUCCUCAGCCUCCAGCUGCGACACGGAUGCCCUCACCUCCAGCUGCACCUCAAGUCUCUCCCCCUGCCCUCCAGCCCCCACCGCCUGCCCCUCCGACGGCCUUUGUGCCCCCGCUCCCCCCGCCGAACCCCCAGAUGCCCCAGUCGCCCUCUCCUACCUUCCCCCAGCCUCCACCGUCCCCUCACCUGGCCCAGCCACCACCCCUCCCGCCCAUCCCGCCUCAGAGCCAGCCGCCGCCUCCAACCAGCCCCACCCAGCACCAAACCUACGCCCAAAUCCAUCCUGCACCACCUGCACCACCACCAGCCCCCCAGCAGCCUGUUUCUCCAGUGGCCUGCGUGCCCCCAGCCCUCCCAUCUCCCCCUCCUAUGGUUCUCGCUCCUGCACCUCCUCCUCCUCCUCCACCCCCUCCUCCUCCUCCGCCACCUCCUCCGGUCUGCAACGUCCCCCCUCCCACCUUCAGCAGCAGCAGUACAGCCGCCGGCAUCCCGCAGCAGUCCCACUCCAGCAAUCCCACCGUCUUCGCCAAAUACAGCACCAUCCAGCGGCUGCAGGGUAAGCCCAACUCCGCCCAGCUGCCGACUCCACCCCCUCAGUCGGCCAAGCCCACCAAUAACGGCGCCAGCGGUGCCGGAGCGCCUUGGUUACCGCCCGCAGCCAACAACACCCCGCCACCACCACCACCACCUCCGCCCCCACCUCCCCCUCCGCCGGCUAACUUCGCGGCCCCAGGAUCGGCCAUGGCGGUGCUGAAGAAGCACGGGAUCGUGGGUGGGGUGCCCAUCUUACCGCAGAGUAACGGCUUCCCGCCCCCACCACCACCACCUCCCGGAGUCCCCGUUGCCCACGUGCCCCCCAAGCCCUCCUCCAACGGCUUCCAGAGGUUUCCGUCCCCUCCCCCUCCCGAUCUCUCCCCUUCGCCCCCUCCUCCUCCUCCUCCCCAGCUCGCGGCGCAGUCCCAACACGACCCCACCCCAACCCCUCCACCACCACCUCCGCUGGCCGGACUCCAGUCGGUCUUCCCACCGCCACCGGCCGCACCACCUAAGACCUUCCCUCCCCAGACGGUGCGCAAGACUUUCGGGGCGCCCUCCGCGAUGGCUCCCCCACCCGCUGCUGCUCCUGCUGCUGGGCCAACGCCUCCACCGCCCCCUCCUCCUCCUCCGCCACCACCUCCAGCCUCCCUCUUCUCGUCCUCACCUCCACCCAUGAUGAAGAGCCAGCCGCCCCCAACCCUCCCCAAGCAGCGCAGCCUGUCCAAGGGCAGCGCUCCGUCCUCGCUGGUCAAACAACUGGCCAGCCAGUUCCCUGGCGCCGGAGCAGGGGCUGGGACGAAUCACGCGGCGCAACCCACACCGCAAUCACCUCCCACCGUGAGAGCCAAACCCAAGUGGCAACAGAAGUCUGGCGGAGGAGCGCAGUCACCAGAAUUCCCUCCGCCACCUCCGGACAACAACAUGGGCUUUCUAUCAGCUUCUGCUGCUGCUGCACCACCCCCUCCACCUCCACCACCACCCCCACCGCCUGCACCUGCUCCGGGGCCCGGAUUCGGCCAUGGCCCUGGGCCUGGAGCUGGAGCCGGAGCCGGGGCAGCGCUCCCUCCGCCCCCACCCUUGCCAAACUUUGCUGGGGGUUCCCCGGUGAAGAAGUCCCCCCCGGGUGGGGGUGCCGCCAAGAGACCCCCACCCACCCCGCAGCGCAACUCCAGCAUCAAGGCAGAGUCGUCGGCAGAGUACCAGGAGGCUCGGGCGCGACUGCAGAACCUCGUCAGCAGACCUGCCGUCGGUUCCAGUUCUAGUUCUGGUUCCUCGUCCUCCCCUGCCUACGGGGGGCCUCCCGCUCCCCCCAAACCGGGCAAGCUGAACCUGAACCACCUGCCCCCGGGCCUGCAGGCCAAGGUGGGCAAAGCCGACUUCCCCUCCCCACCCCCGCCCGAGAACGACUUCUCCUUCCCCCCUCCGCCGCCCCCCGACAACAACGUCCCGCUGCCCCCUCCGCCACCGCUACCUGCCGACCUCCUGGGCAACGCGCCCCCGUCGUCGCGAGUAGCCGUGGUCAACCCCCAGCCCCAGUCCUCGCCAUCAUCGUCCAAUAACAUCUGGAGUGCGGGCCGCGCCUCGCUGAAGAAGACCCCGCCGCCCACGCUGGCCCGGCGGAGCAACGGCAACGUCUCCGUUCCCUCGGCGAUGGAGGUGCACCGCUCCAUGUCGCCACCGGGGGCGCCUCCUCUCCCACAGUCCCCGAAAGGCGGUGGAGGUAGCGGCGGUCAACUGAACUUCAUGGAGGACCUGAACCGGACGCUGCGCCGCAAGUCCGGCAGCCGUCAGGGCUCCCUGGAGCCGUCGUUGGUGCCGGCGGGCAGCGUUGGCACGGGCACCACCAUGGACGACAUGGCCCUGCUGCCGCCGCCCCCUCCAGAGCUGCUGGACCAGCAGGGGAACGGCCACCACGGCGGCAACAACGGCUACUCAUCAGGGAACAUCUCAGGCUAUGCAACACUACGCAGGGGACCCCCGCCCGCACCGCCCAAACGAAAAGACGCCACCAAACUCACAAACUAGACUAGUAGCCGACUGACCCUAGGGGGGCCCUACCCCAGCCCUACCCCAAGCCUAGCUGCUUUUACUGACAGACUUAGGGAGGUGUUUCACACAAGAAGUUUUUAGUAACUUAUCGUGGUGUGUUAACUUGGAGUUAAGUCGCAAACAUCCUAAUAUCAGAGCCCUAUGGCUAUUUUUUUGACUUGAGAAUGAAGCCACGAGGCUACGCUAUUAGUAGGUUUACAACUUGAUGGAGGUUAAACCAUGUUCUUGGAACAUCCCCUCCUUGACUGUAGGAAAGCAAAAAAUAACCACGCAAAGGUCUAUCAAGGACAUCAUUGAAGUGCUUCUUUUUCUCUUCAACCGUCUGUCACACCAAAAGAUACUUUGUGUCUGACUGAGGACCUUUUCGUUUCUGGUGGAACAGCGUUCUGAACUGUAAAUCAAAACAUCACAAUCUGUCGAUCGAUCAAUCGUUGAUUGAUUAUCAAUGCCUGACAAGAUGCCAACCCAUCUCAGACUGUUUGCUCUCUAUCUCUCUCUUCUUCUCAUGUCUUCGUAACUUAAUAUGAAUUCCCAACCGUAGGGGUGACAAACCCCAAGCAAAGUGACUUUAUCCAUCAUUACAUUCUCGCUGUGUGGACCUAUACCGCAAAAACAUUUCUGGUUGUAUGUAUGUGCGUAACAGAAGUGGGUCAAGUGGGGGGGGAUGUUUUUUUUCUGUUUGUUUUUAGCCUUUUUUAUAUAUGAAAAUUUAUUUAAUAUCUGAAAGAGAUUGUGUUAUUUUACUGCUAGGACUGAAUGAUUGAUGGAUUGAGUAGUACUGGAUGAGCUUUGAAGAUGCCUUUUAGAAAAAAAAUGGUCUGUGGGUGUGACCGCACUAGCAGAGAAGGAUAGUGCCUCACCCUCAACUGACUUGUGUGACUGCAAAAAAACAAAAAUCCAAGACUGCAAAGUAUAAAAAACAGCUGGUUCCGAUUCUUCCCACCCAGAUGAAUCAUUCAGAGCGCUUUGUUGUUCGUGAUUAUCUUUUUUUUUAAAGAAUGUUAUCCAAAUUGUAAGCUGACCACGUGCAUUCUGAAGGACUUCAUGUCUUCAUGGGCCACUGAUGAAGGAAGGAAGGAUGAAGGAAAGAAGUGAUGCCCUUACAAGCAGGAAGGAUAGAGGGAGGGAAGGAGGGAGGGAGGGUGGAAAAAGAAGGUAGGGAUUUUGAUCAGUGGUUUAAAAAAAAAACCCUGAAAACCUUAUUUUUUUGUCUUGGACUUAAACCGUCAAAGCCCAGAAGGAAACCGGACGUCUGUACUUGUUGGAUGUAACCAGAUGUGGGUCCAAGAAUUGUAUUUGUUGCUUUCCAACACUUUUUGAUUUAAAAGACAAAUCAUGUUUGAUGUGUGGAUUUGUGUGGAUUGAUCUAAAACAACUGUUUCAGUCACAUCUAGGCAAUCUCAAUCGAUCAGUGAACGAAGCGUGUCGAUGAAAAUGACAACAAAUACAUUUUUUGUCACCCAUGUUUUGGAUGUAAUGUGUGCUGUGAUGGUUUGCGCAUUGUUCUUUUUAAAAAAUCUAUACGUUGCUGAUCCUUCAUCGCUGCAGUAUCUCUGUACAAAAAAAACAAAAACAAAUCCUUUUCCAGCUG